UUUGGAGCAGGUUCAUCUGCGCGGAGAAACAAUAAUAAAGGGGGCGGACAGGAGCUAUUUUGCAGUCUCUACAUAAACUCCCCGGAAUACAAAUCCAGGUGGUGGGUGGAGCAAAGCACAGCUCAGUGCUGGAUCCCAGAGGGACCGUCAGUGUGGUAAGGACCCUUGAGACGAAGAAGGGUGCAUGGAGGGCACAAGGCCUGUGAAAGCAGGGUCGUCGGCCUGCCUCUGGUUCGGGCUGGUGUCUGUGGCUGUAGCCUUCCUCUGCACGGAGGCCCGGACCACUCCGAGCCCUUUGCUCAGCCCCAGCAAUGCCACCUGCAGGGGAAACUCAAAGUGUAACCCGGGGAUCAUCCUGCCCAUCUGGUAUCCCGAAGACCCCUCCAUGGGAGACAAGAUCGCACGGGUCAUUGUCUAUUUUGUGGCGAUGAUCUACAUGUUUCUGGGAGUUUCCAUCAUUGCCGACCGUUUCAUGGCAGCCAUUGAGGUCAUCACGUCACAGGAAAAAGAAAUUGUCAUCAAAAGGCCCAAUGGGGAAACAACCACGACCACGAUCCGGGUGUGGAAUGAAACGGUCUCCAACCUCACCCUCAUGGCCUUGGGCUCGUCGGCCCCCGAGAUCCUGCUUUCUGUAAUUGAAGUUUGCGGACACGACUUCAAAUCCGGUGAACUUGGCCCCUCCACAAUUGUUGGGAGUGCAGCGUUCAAUAUGUUUGUCAUCAUUGGCCUCUGUGUGUCCGUCAUUCCCCAAGGAGAGGUCCGUAAAGUCAAGCACCUCAGAGUGUUCUUCGUCACUGCAGGCUGGAGUAUCUUUGCUUACAUCUGGCUCUACAUGAUCCUGGCUGUGUUCUCUCCGAAUGAGGUCCAGGUUUGGGAGGGUUUGGUCACGCUAGCCUUCUUCCCCAUAUGCGUAAUCCUCGCCUGGGUGGCAGACAGAAGACUGCUGUUCUACAAGUUCAUGCACAAGAAGUAUCGCACCGACAAACACAGGGGCGUCAUUAUUGAGACGGAGACCGAACGCUCCAAGGGGAUCGAGAUGGAUGGCAAGAUGGUCAACUCUCAUUUCAUGGAUGGAGGUGCGUCGAGCAAUCUGAUUGGUUUGAUUGAGAGUAAAGAGGUGGAUGAGUCCAGGCGUGACAUGAUCCGCAUCUUGAAAGACCUGAAACAGAAGCAUCCGGAGAAAGAGCUGGAUCAGCUGGUCGAGAUGGCAAACUAUUACGCCCUCUCGCACCAGCAAAAGAGCCGUGCCUUCUAUCGCAUCCAAGCUACGCGCAUGAUGACCGGCGCCGGAAACAUCCUGAAGAAACAUGUCGCAGAGCAGGCCAAGAAAAGCGCCAGUGUGCAGGAGGUGUGCGUGGAGGAACCGGAAGAAUACGUUUCUCGGAUCGCAUUCGAGCCUGCUGUUUAUCAGUGCCUGGAGAACUGCGGCGCCGCCAUUCUGACCAUCACCAGAAAGGGUGGCGACAUCAACAAGACCAUCUACGUGGAUUAUAAGACGGAGGACGGCUCGGCUAACGCCGGGGCCGAUUACGAGUUUACAGAGGGAACUGUCGUGUUCAAACCGGGAGAGAUGAUCAAGGAAAUAAGCAUCGGCAUCAUCGAUGACGACAUCUUUGAAGAGGACGAGCACUUCUUUGUGCGCCUCAAUAAUCUGCGCGUCCUGGAAACGGAGGAUGAAGUGCUGUCCCCCAACAGCCUCCCGUACCCAAAGGCCAUGCUGGGAUUCCCCACCGUGGCCACGGUGACCAUCCUGGACGACGAUCACUCGGGGAUCUUCACCUUCGAGAGCGGCUCGGUCCAUAUCAGUGAGAGCAUUGGUAUUAUGGAAGUGAAAGUACUGAGGACUUCCGGAGCCAGGGGGACGGUCAUUGUGCCUUUUCGCACGGUGGAGGGACUGGCCAAGGGCGGUGGCGAGGACUUCGAAGACACCUACGGAGAGCUUGAAUUCAAAAAUGACGAGACCUGCAAGCUUGUUCACGUGAAAAUUAUUGACGAUGAGGAGUAUGAGAAAAACAAGAACUUCUUCCUGGAGCUGGCCGAGCCUCGCAUGGUAGACAUGAGUCUGCAGAAAGACGUGCCGGAGAGGAAGCUGACGACAGACGAGGAGGAGGCCAAGCGCAUCGCGGAGAUGGGGAAGCCGGUGCUCGGGGAGCACUCCAAGCUGGAAGUCAUUAUUGAAGAAUCAUACGAGUUUAAGAGCACGGUGGACAAGCUGAUCAAGAAAACCAACCUGGCUCUGGUGGUGGGAACCAACUCCUGGAGAGACCAGUUCAUGGAGGCCAUCACUGUCAGUGCAGGAGAUGAGGACGAGGACGACACGGGGGAGGAGCGGCUGCCGUCCUGCUUCGACUACGUCAUGCACUUCCUGACCGUCUUCUGGAAGGUGCUGUUCGCCUGCGUCCCGCCCACCGACUACCUGAACGGCUGGGCCUGCUUCGUCAUCUCCAUCGUCAUCAUCGGCCUGCUGACGGCCGUGAUCGGCGACCUGGCGUCCCACUUCGGCUGCACCAUCGGCCUGAAGGACUCGGUGACCGCCGUGGUGUUCGUGGCGCUCGGCACGUCGGUCCCAGACACCUUCGCCAGCAAGGUGGCGGCGGUCCAGGACACGUACGCCGACGCCUCCAUCGGGAACGUGACGGGCAGCAACGCCGUCAACGUCUUCCUGGGCAUCGGCGUGGCCUGGUCGGUGGCGGCCAUCUACUGGCACACGAAAGGGAAGCCGUUCGUGGUGGAGGCCGGCUCGCUGGCCUUCUCCGUCACCCUCUUCACCAUCUUCGCCUUCCUGGCCAUCUCGGUGCUGCUGUACCGGCGCCGGGCCCACAUCGGGGGGGAGCUGGGCGGGCCCCGGGGACACAGACUGGCCACGUCAGCCUUCUUUUUCAGCCUCUGGUUCCUCUACAUCCUCUUCUCCAGCCUGGAGUCCUACUGUCAUAUAGAGGGCUUCUAACGC